UUGAACUUGGCCGGAAAUUCCUAAUACGACGUAGUUUCCCCAAAAGCUUGCAUACAAAUCCUUGCCGGAACUCUGCCUCAGCUAAAAGGGUAACCUUUCCCGCCAAAAAUGAAAGCCUCGCUUUCCGUCUGUUACACAAUCAAAGGAUGCCAGCUCUCAGCCCCAACGCCCUCGCUUCCCUUCUCGAGUCCGCCGUCUCGACUCGCCACGCUUUUCUCGGCAGAGCCACCCAUGCCCAGAUCAUCAAGACGCUGCUUACUUCACAGCAUCCCCUUCCUUUCCUCGACAACCACCUGGUCAACUUCUACUCCAAAAUCGACCUCCCGGGUCCGGCGGAGCUCGUUCUCCGGCGUGCAUCCUCGCGCUCCGUCGUCACCUGGACUUCCCUCAUCUCCGGAUGCGUCCAGAACGGCCACUUCUCCGUCGCCCUCCAGCACUUCGCUAGCAUGCGCCACGAGGACAUUCUGCCAAACGAUUUCACCUUCCCCUGCGCGUUUAAAGCUGCGGCUUUGCUCAAGCUUCAGUGCAUAGGACGGCAGGUCCACGCGUUGGCUAUCAAGAUAGGGCAGAUCGCCAGUGUCUUUGUUGGGUGUGGAGCGUUUGAUAUGUAUUCGAAGAUUGGGUUGGUGAGUGAAGCUGGUAAACUGUUCGAGGAAAUGCCUGAACGAAACAUUGUCACGUGGAAUGCGUAUAUUUCGAAUGCGGUGCUGGACGGGAGGCCGAUGGUUGGUGUAUCCGCGUUCGUUGCAUUUCGGCGGGCUGGGGUUGGAGAGCCUGAUGGGAUAACUCUGUGUGCGUUUCUGAAUGCAUGUGCUGAUACGUUGAACUUGGUGUUGGGGAAGCAAUUACAUGGGUUCGUGAUUAGGAGUGGGUUUGAGGAUGAUGUCUCGGUGUCGAAUGGGCUUAUUGAUUGCUAUGGAAAGUGUAAGGAGGUCGGACUGGCUGAGAUGGUUUUUAAUGGAAUGGAGAGGAGGAACUUGGUGUCGUGGGGUUCCAUGGUAGCUACAUACGAACAGAAUGGUGAAAAGGAGAAAGCUUGUAUGGUGUUUAUGGAAUGCAGGAAAGAAGGGCUUGAGCCAACUGAUUAUUUGAUUUCAAGUGUGAUCAGUGCUUGUGCAGAGCUUGCAGGACUAGAAAUGGGCAGGUCAGUCCACGCACUUGCUGUUAAAUCAUGUGUGGAUGCUGAUAUUUUCGUCGGAAGUGCCCUGGUAGACAUGUAUGGAAAAUGUGGAAGCAUCAGUGAUGCUAAGCAGACCUUUGAUGAGAUGCCCGAGAAGAACUUGUUUGCUUGGAAUGCAAUGAUCAGCGGAUAUGCACACCAAGGACAUGCUGAUAUGGCCAUUGCACUAUUUAAGCAGAUGACAUCUAAGGUUGCUCCGAACUAUGUGACGUUUGUCUGUGUCUUGUCAGCUUGUAGUCGAGGAGGGGUAGUCGAGACUGGCAUGGAUGUUUAUGAGUCGAUGAGGAAGAGGUAUCACAUUGAACCGGGACCAGAGCAUUAUGCCUGCGUCGUGGACAUGUUGGCUCGAUCUGGAAUGGUAGAGCGGGCCUAUGAUUUCGUAAAAAGAUUGCCCAUUAGACCAACUAUCUCCAUCUGGGGAGCUCUUUUAAAUGCUUGCAGGGUGCAUGGGAAGCCAGAGAUUGGGAAAGUGGCUGCUGAUAAGCUAUUUGAACUCGAUCCAAAAGAUUCUGGCAAUCAUGUCCUGCUGUCAAAUAUGUUUGUUGCUGCUGGCAGAUGGGAUGAAGCUACUCUUGUGAGAAGAGAAAUGAAUGAUGUUGGAAUGAAGAAAGAUGCAGGCUGUAGUUGGAUUACAGCUCAAAGUAGAGUCCAUUUCUUCCAAGCUAAAGACACAUGCCAUGAGAGAAAUUCUGAGAUUCAAGACAUGCUGGCUAAGUUGAAGCAGCAAAUGGAAGCUUCUGGCUACAUCCCAGACACAAGCUAUGCUCUUCAUGAUUUAGAAGAAGAAGAGAAAUCAACGGAAGUUUGGCAUCACAGUGAGAAAAUCGCUUUGGCAUUCGGACUCAUAGCCAUCCCACAUGGAGUACCCAUUAGAAUUAUGAAGAAUCUGAGAAUCUGUGGCGAUUGCCACAGCGCCUUCAAGUGCAUCUCAGCCAUUGUUGGCAGAGAAAUACUGGUGAGGGACAAUAACAGAUUUCAUCGGUUCUGGGAUGGCCAAUGCUCUUGUAAAGAUUAUUGGUGAUGAGAUGAAGAAAUCUGGCUGAAUUAAACUAAGGAUGGCACCGAAGAGCUUCAUCAGAACAGAAGAACUGGCAGCAGCCUCAGCACCUAUUCUCAGCACAUCCCCAGUGGAAUCUACAUCAGACUCGCAGCCAAAUUUCUACAAGGAGGUCAUAUUCAAUUCCAGCAAUGAGCAAUCUGAUCAGUUAUUUUGUUUGAUUUCUUGGUUUAAGAAUUUUGUGCUGACUGGGUGUCGGUAUUUGAUUGUAUAGCAAGAACAGAUAUGUGGGCUCUUGGAGAUGGAGACUUCGAUUUGGAUUCAACGCAAUAAUCCUGAAUCUGCUGACUGCAUUCUCCCUCCACCUCAUUGAUAUAGGACCCCCCAAACCAAGCUUCAAUGUACUGUACAGAGGAGACAAAUUCGCAACAUCUCCCAUCUCACCCGAAUGGUUGAUUGUUUGGAACUUCUGUACCCUCUUUUGUGACUUGGUGAAGAAGCAAUUUCGUCAUCUUGAAUUCUGUAAUUUGUUCCUCUGUAAGAAACUCUGGAGCUGGGUAUUGAAUGGUGGUCCAGUCCAGCUUUGGAGAAAGGGGUAGAGAUUUUCCAGAGGGCAUUUCCAUGGCGUUCAGUUGGGCAAGUUUUCUUCUUUUGAUCCACAUGGUAAGAAUAUAUGCAAAUAUAAUAGUGUUGUUGAGCAGACUGAUGACAAGUUUUGAUCCACAUGACAAGUUUUCUUCUUGUCCCCUAACCUUGGUCUCUUCAUGUUCAGGCUCGAUGGACCGGAGGCGGCAAUUCGAGACGGGUAGGAUAGCUUUCUGAUGGAGUCUAGUACAUAGAUUAUCUGGCCAAGGUUCUCUCUCAUUCUAGUAUCAGGGAGUUCAGUGCAAAAAGCCAUGGCCUGUGUGACGAGUUCCGGCACUAUCCUAAAUAUGCUACAU